AUGUACCGCCAGCUUCGGCAGAGACCUCUGACUAUCGUUGGCAGUGAAGGUAAUUACCUGAUCACCAAAGAGGGUUUGAAGAUCUUCGAUGCGACUAGUGGGGCGGUUGUCUCCUGUUUGGGCCACAGCGACGAAAGAGUCCAUGAUGCUAUCAUGAAGCAGCUCAAGAGGGUUCCAUAUUGCUACUCGCUAUUUUUCACCAACGAUGCUGCAGAGAAGCUCGCGACGAUGCUGUCCCAGUCCACAGGCGGGAAAAUGUCCCGCGCGUUUAUCGUUAGUUCUGGAACUGAGGCUAUGGAAGCAGCCAUUAAGAUGGCCUUGCAGUAUUUCCGCGAGUUGCCCACCCCGCAGCCUCAACGGACCAAGCUCAUCGCACGCAAGCUUUCUUACCACGGGAACACUCUCGGAUCCCUUGCCCUGGGCCACCACCAGGGCCGGCGAGCGCCUUACGAGAGUAUCUUGUCGAGCAAUAUCACUCACGUCUCUCAGUACCACCCCUAUCGCGAUAUGCUGCCUUCCGAGUCACCCAAGGCUUACGUCGCGCGAUUAGCCCAGGAACUUGAGGAUGAGUUCCAAAGGCAAGGACAAGAUACCAUUUGCGCGGUAGCCCUGGAGACUAUGGCGGGAUCCACUUUGGGAUGUGUCCCGCCUCUUCCAGGAUAUUUAAAGGCCAUGAAAGAAGUAUGUGAGCGCCACGGGGCCCUUCUUAUUCUGGACGAGGUGAUGUGUGGAAUGGGCCGUACUGGAACCCUGCAUGCCUGGGAGCAGGAGGGUAUUGUUCCCGACCUUCAGGCUGUUGCAAAAGGCCUCGGAGCUGGAUACUGCCCUAUUGGAGCCCUGCUCAUUAACGAGCAUGUGGUAAACACCCUGACCAAGGGCACUGGUGCCUUUGUGCACAGCCAGACAUACCAAGGACACCCAGUUGCCUGUGCUGCAGCUUGCAAAGUCCAGGAGAUUAUACAAAGCGACAGCCUCCUUGCAAAUGUUCGCAAAAUGGGGGAAUAUCUUGGCCAGCAGUUGAAGGCCCGUCUUUCUGAUCACCCACACGUGGGGGAUAUCCGUGGUCGGGGUCUGUGGUGGGCAGUGGAAUUUGUUCAAAACAAGGAAACGAAAGAGCCUUUCCCACCCUCUAAGGGCCUUGCCUUUGCGCUUCACGCGACAGGGCUAAAAUCGGAACAUCGGAUCUCAUUAAUGCCUGGAAAUGCUGGUGUGGACGGUGUAAAGGGAGAUCAUAUCAUCAUUUCUCCUCCUUACAAUGUCACAAAAUCUGAUGUGGAUUUCAUUGUUGAGAAAACAGCCGACGUGAUCCAGGAGGUGUUGGGCUAA